CCUGAAGAGUAGCGUCUUGCGCCAGGUGCAAAGGAGCCAGUCGCUCAGGACUCGCAGGGAAUCACCGCCUGCUGCCGGUAGCCCUCUCUCCAACUGCCCAGAGCCCUUAUCCCGAAGGAUUUCUGAGGAGAGCAUGGAGUUCUUUGCCAAAAACACGCGAGCUAGUAAGAAGCGAGUGGGCAGCGCUGCAGUCCAUGCUUUCCGCCAUGACGUCUGUGAACAGAAGGGUCUAGCGUUUGUUUUGGAAGUUUGUCAGUGAGCUGCUGUCAGUGGUUGUGUUGUGCCUCCGUUCUUAGUGUGUGAAUGAUUUAUUAGCAUCUUGACAAAGAGUUUGUCAUCACCCAAAUGACAGUCUUCACACUGUUUAUCUAAAACAUGAGGAUUUAAAAAAAAAAAAUCAUAGUUUACAGAAUCUGGACAGUUGUUUUCAUGACAUAACUCUAAAAUAAACAACACAGAGCACACUCGGAGUUAUUCAAAAAAUGUCCUUGUGAUGUAAAAGCCACAUUUCCACUUGCCUGUAAUGCAGUACUUCUCAAAUAGUGGGGCGGGCCCCCCUAGUGGGGCGCAGAGCGUUGCCAGCGAUGGCGCAUGUGACCUCAGGGAACAUACUUUUUUGCCAUAAUAGAAUAAUGUAUCAUUUUCAAUGUGUGCGCAGUAUUUUUGAACAAAACAAGAGCAUACAGCAAAGAGCACUGGAGAUAUGACGAGCUAAGACGAGGAAAUAUGACUAAGCGUAUGUAGCGUUUGGCUUUGACUUUUAAUACAGUGAGAGACGAGAAAAGACCAGUCUGUGUCUAAAAAUGUUUGCAACACACAGCAGGAAGCCACAUCAAAUAAGAUGUCACUAAUAUACAUUAGACCCCACUCACAUUGAUAAGCCACUUGAUUUUUUUUCAGCCAAGACGUGCCGAAUAUUGCCAACUAUCGUCCCGCUUUGUUUCGCAGUGUUACAUCAGUAAACCAGCGAGCACUGUUAGCAGAGGCGUAGCAAGGGUCCCCGGGGGCCCCAGGCAACAAGCAACAUGGGGCCCUUCGAGCGUGUGCAAGUAUGGGGGACAGUUGGACUUGGAGCAAUAUUAUAUUUAAUAAAUGUCUAAUAACGCCUCAAUCUCAUAGAGCGCUUUAUAGGACACUCAAAGUGCCCCCCCCCCCAUUGCCGCCCACUCUCACUUUGAGUCACGUGACACAUAUAUAUACUCGCGCAGUAUAAUGAACACAAAGGUGGGGGGGUGCCAGUGCGUGCUGUGUGGACGUGCGGUCAUCUUGGCCAUUAAAGUGGCGAAAACUAAGUACUUUACACUGACUCAUAUGGAUGUACUUACAUUCGUUUAUGGACGCACUCAUUUUAACAGGUGGCCGUCCUCUGCUCGAAAUGCGCACUUUACGCCUAUUCUCGCUAAUCUAAAAGGAGUAUCAAAAUUGCUAAUAAAAUCGUUUAGGAUUAUUUUAUAUGCAUAUAUGUUCUAUUUUUCUUAUAGAGUAUUCGACGAGGAAUACGAUAGACCCACUAAUAGACUUUUUGGGAAAAAUCCCCAUUUCUUAAAGUAGUCACAUGAAUAAUUAGGUGGCCUGUGAAAGUCAAUGUAAAACAACUCGGCAAGGACUUUCCAGAGAGUACUUGGUGAGUCACUCUUUAAAAAAUCAUGUGGUAUUAAUAGCUGAUUGGAUUUUGUUUACCAUGUAUAAUCUACCUGACAUGGUUAGUGCUGAUUGGGAUUGAUAACAGAAUCGUUAGAUAAUCUGCCAAAUGAUUCCAUGGUAUUGAAACACUCCCUACACUUGUCGCUGCAACAGUUCAGUAAAGCUGCGUGUGCUAAAUCUGUUGGACCUCUGGGGGCCCCUGCUGGCUGGUGGCUCCAGGCAAUUGCCUGGUUUGCCUAAUGGGUCACAACGCCUCUGACUGUUAGCAUCAUAUAAGGUGGCAUACCAAGUUGCUCAGUGCAAAAUAGCAAAAAUAAAAACUGUCCCACUGUCCAAUGACACUGUUGUUUCUGUUCGAAUAAUUUUUGUUUUUACGGUUAAAUUGUUAUUUGAAUGUAUUAUUUAUUGAUUGAUUUUAUUAAAAUUUAUUUUACACUAUUAACAGGUCCAAAAAUAUACCGUGAAUGUGUUUUUACAGAUUAAAUGUGACUUUUUUGUUUUUUUAAUUCAGGCAAAGUGAUGCACUUUGUCUUUUCUAUACAUUAUUGUAAGUUGAGCUAUAUAUUGUUUCUUUAAUAUUAAAUGGGCACAAUAUUAUGCAGAGGUAUACUUAUAUUAAUAAUUUAUUGGCAAUUGAUACAAUUUACAGUGGCGGCAGAGAGUUGUGGGGGGGGUGUGAAACGUUUACGUUUUCCUGGGGAGGGCGUAACAGAAAAUAAUUGAGAAGCACUGCUGUAAUGGAUGUACAGUACAAUGAGCUUUGAGUUGCUGCGCUAUGUAACAACCUUAGCUUUGUCAUGUCAAAUGUAAAGGAAAAACAUCCUCUUAGACAAUUUGAUUAUUAGGGCUCCCUCUGAGAGCCUAUUGAGGAUUCACUAUCAGACUGUUCCCAUCACAGUGCCAAAGGGGAGCCUGCACUGUGCCACCGCCACAAGAGCACGUGGACCAGGCUUUUAUCCAGGAGAGAAUCAGCAGGACGGAGCUGGACUUGAUCUAUGAGGAGGUCGUGUACACAGUCAUCAACCGAGUUGGGGUGCCUUCAUCAGAACAUGUGACGAGUGACGAAGAGCUGUUUGCCUACCUCUUAAAGGUGUUUGAUAUGGGCGAGGAGGAACAUGACAUCAUACUACAGAAAGUGCAAGAAUCCAAGAGAGCCACUUUUUCCUUGAGAGCUUCUGUUUUGAAAGCCAAGAAUCUGCUGGCUAAAGACGCCAAUGGCUACAGUGACCCUUAUUGCAUGCUGGGCAUCUUGGAGGGGCAGAGCCCACGAGAGACUGAGGAAAAGAAGGAAAGGAAGUUCAGUUUCAGGAAGAGAAAGGACAAGCUGGAGAAACGCUCCAGCACCAAGGAAGCGCUGCCGGCUAGGUGCAUCCAGGUGACCGAAGUCAAGCCGGAGACGCUCAACCCAGUUUGGGAUGAGCACUUCGUUUUUGAAGUUGAUGACGUCCACAAUGACUUGCUCCAUUUGGAUAUUUGGGAUCAUGACGACGACGUCUCGGUGGCGGAGGCCUGCAAAAAGCUCAAUGAAGUCAGCGGACUUAGGGGAAUGGGAAGGUAUUUUAAGCAGAUUGCAAAGUCUGUACGUGCCAAUGGAUCGUCAUCAUCCGGCUCUGAGGAGAAUGCAGACGAUUUCCUAGGAUGCAUCAACAUUUCUUUAAAUGAAAUUCCCGUCGGAGGUUUUGACACUUGGUUCAAACUGGAGCCUCGCUCGAGUGCCUCCAAAGUGCAGGGUGAAUGUCACCUGAUACUAAAGCUGUUCACAAGCCAGAGAGACACGACGCUGUCGAAAAAAGAGUCCAACGUGUCCAUUCAUAAGAAGCUGCUGAGUCAGAUUGUUGAGUAUGAGCACGCUCAUGUCAAGCGAGAGCCGUACAACUGGAACGGGCAGGUCAGCCCCCCGGCGUGGACAGUGCUGACUCACCAUGCCGUGCAAACCGAUCUCACUCGUCUCCAACAGGCCAUAAUUCGCUGGCAGUGCUACAGCGGCCAUCAUCGAACCCAACGGGUGUGCUAUUCCCUGCUGCUGCGCCUCCUGAGGGCCAUCGAUGCAGAGUGGGACCCUCCCUCUGUGAGAGGAGACCUGGAGAGGCAGCUGUCAGACAGCUUCAGGCUUUACACAGAGCACUGCUUGUGCCUGAUGAAGAACAUGCGGCAGGUUUUCCCCUGCACCAGCGCCGCUGCCAUUACACGAUACGAGCUCAUGCUGAGGGGGAUCGGUUACAUGCAGAACAUGCGGGCGUUUAAGACCGUUUGCCCCUUGCGUAACCAGCUGCACUUGGACAUCACAUCCGCUGUGAAGAAAGGAACCUCUGAGUGGUACGAGAGUUUAAUCGCGCAGUACAGGCCAGAGGAUGGGUCACUGGAAGAGCAGCUGAAAAAAUUGGUUAUUGUGGUGGAUGCCGUCUGCACAGACAUGCAGAGAGCUCAGAAUAUCUACAACAAACUUUUCUACAGCGCAGUCAAAGUGGAUUUCUUCAGCGUGACAUACAGGCAGCUGGAGAAACUGGUGGCUGAUGAUGUCAACGUGGCCAUGGAAAGACUUUGCGGCACUCUUGAGCAGGAAAGUUCCAGACUGACUCAGACGAUGGGCGAGACGGUCUUUGAGCUUUUCGUGUCUCUGAAGAGCCUCAAAGGCUUCCGGGAGUUCCUUCCUCUCAAAGAUGCAAAAAUGUUGGCCUUAACGGUAUUCCACAACUGGUUCAAGUCAUCCAUUCACAAAUUCCUGCAGAUUGUUCACGAAAGGUCAUGUGACAGGAUCUGCAAAGCGGUAGAAACGGACAAGAUGGAAGCAGUGCAGCAAGGCAAGCACAGCUCUUCGGCCACGGAAGUGACAGCCUGUUUCCGACAGGUCCGUGAUAUCUGGCUCCAGCUGGCCUGGCCGGAUUCUGCGGGUGCCUUCAUCUUUGUCACCCGCUUGACCGACAACUUUUGCAGCGAGGCUGUGUGUUACUCUGAGAUGCUCACGCGUAAGAUUGAGAGAAGCCAGCUGGGCAGGGACCACAAGGGCUUCAUAGUUCAGCUGUGCGUGGCCCUAAACGACGUGGAGCACGUCCGUGUAUUUCUGGGUCACCUGCCCCGCGACCUGGACUGGCCGGGCGUGGAGCGUGCCAUGGAGGAGUCCUGCGGCGCCGAGGGCAAAGAGCAGGUGUUCAAGGCCCUCAACGGGCAACUCUUCAAUAUGGAUCAAGACCUGCAAAGGGAAGCCAAGCGUCUCAUUGCGCUGCUCACAGACAAGAUGAUGCCUGAGCUUCGGCGUUACAUCCAGCACAUCAGCUUGUCUCCUGACUCCAUCAACAACGACGAUGCCGUGGACCCCCUCAUGAAAUACCUGCAGGAGACUGUGGUCAUCCUCAAGGAAACACUAGUGAAGGACAACCUCACACGGGUUCUGCAGAGCCUAUGGGAGCUGCUUCUGCGCAUGAUCCUGGACUCUGUCAGAGAAAACCGAGGCGUCCAGGUGGAGUUCUACAACCGAUUCCAGUACACUGUAGAGACCUUAUUGCAAUUCCUCCAAGGAAAUGGUUUAUCCCAAGAAGAUAUGAAGACUGGGGACUACAAGGCUCUGGAGGAGGAGCUAAAGCUGAACAAAUGUUCCUCCUUCGAGCUGAUCGAACAGUACUACCUGGAAAAGAUCUCCCUGCAGAAAACCCUCAAACACACACGCUUCGGUCGUAUAAGUGUCAAGUGCUACUACGAUGCGCCUGAGCAGAGGCUGACUGUGGAAAUCCUGCACGCUGCUGACAUUAUGGCGCUGGAUGCAAAUGGUCUUAGCGACCCGUUCGUCAUUGUAGAGCUUUGUCCACACCACCUCUUCCCGCUGGCCAAGAGCCAGCGAACGCAGGUGAAGCUGAAGACGUUACACCCAGUGUUUGACGAGCUCUUCUACUUCCACGUGAGCCCUGAACAGUACAGGCACAGAUUCGCCUGCUUGACAUUCACCGUAAUGGACUACGACUGGCUGUCAACCAAUGACUUUGCCGGAGAGGCUGUGGCCCCGCUCAGCGACUUCUGCUGGCCGGGGAGGCCCAACGCCACGGCGGCCGGCAAGAGUGUGCAGCCCUUCAUCCUCCACCUGUCUCGCAGCAAACCCAGCGAGAAGCCUAUCAUGCGGAUGCUGGACGCUCGAACGGGUGACAGAGAGGCUCAGGAGUUUGUCCGCAGGCUGAAGGAGAUUGAGAAGUCCAUGGAAGAGGAGUAAAAUACAGGAAAGGCAAAAAAAAAAAAAAAAAGCCCCCGGGCCAACGCGUAUCGAUGUUUUUUGAUUACGUGUCGCCACCUGUGCUCUUGUACCGGUACAAUGUUUACAAUUUUGAGGUUGUUGCCAUUGUUUAGUUGUUUUUUUAACAAUGUUGCAAGUUGUUGUUUAUUAUCUACACAACACCAAAAUGACGAUUUGCGAGGGAGUCACUGUGCGACCUGGCACUCCCUCAGUUCAACUUCAUUUUAGGAAAAAAAAUCUACACAUGACUACUUUUUGUAACGUUCUUUGUCGUAUAUUUGAUAUGAUAGAAUUCCAAACUAUUUUGUGGAAGUAGCACUCAAAGUCGGAAUCUUUACCUCACGUGUGUGUGUAUAAGGUGAUUUUGGAGAGGAUUUGUUGGUAAGCGGGAGCAAGCGUUGCACGCCACAGCUCAGGGUACCAAAUGUGGGGAGAAUCAUUGCAAAGUGGUGGUGUUGUGUUCAUUUACUGUAAAUGGAUGGUAUUAAGUAAUUAAUAUUCUAAUUUAAGAAAAUAUAUAUAUUAUGGAUGUCAGCCAAUUGUUGACAAGCCUGUUAUCAUGAGAUUUUAGUAGGAUUUUGUCCAAAAAGUAAUUCACUUUAAUUCAUGUGUUUUUUUUUUUAUUAAUUAUUGUUCUAAAUUGUAUGAUUCUUUAGUUAAUAUAUCAUAAUUCAAACAACUUUGAGGUGUUUUUGUACCAUAAGGGUAGUGUGCCUUGGUGGAAUGGGUACAUCUGUAAUUUUAUGCAGAAUAAGAAAUUUUAAUCAUUUAUAACCGUUUGAGAAAUGUUGGAGGACUAAACUCUUGUCAUGUUGGUAGUUGUUGUACUAAUUAUACAGUAUUGGUUUGCUGAAUUUAUGCAAAACUAUAUAAAGUAGAUGUCAACAGCCUGUUGUUAGAAUUUAGACGGAUUUUGUACGAACAUCAAUUUACUAAAAUUUGUUGAGAUGCUUCAUUUGGUUUAUCGAUGAAUGUUCUAAAUGCAUCAGUAUACAAUAAUUAAUUUCGGAAGGAUUCAUAUUCCAUAAUCCAAAGCUGAUUUUCAGUCAUUUUUGUCGAAUGUCAGCCAUCUUUGUGGAACUAGCAGAUUUUCGGUUUCGUGCAAUUUACUUCACACAGGUCCAUCUUUUUUAAUUAUAUUAGUAUACUUUUAAUCAUUUUCAGACUGUUAUACUCUAUUAUCACAUUCUGAUUGAGUAUUAUUUAAAAAACAUCAUUAUGCAAAACAUAUCAAUCAUAGAUUUAUAGGUGCUUCAAAAUUUGGUUGGUUAUUUGUGCAUUAUCCUACAAAAUUGUCAUGACAGGUUAAAAGAUCCAGUCAAGCUUUCAAGUACUAUGUUUGUAUCAUUUUGAACAAUUCAUGAGCAGUUUCUUUUAAAGUUUUACUUGACCACUUUUUUGUUGUUGUGAUAAUUCAAACAGUCAAGCCGAACUGAGUCAUUUGGCCAUGUCAAACCAACACAAAAGUUGUGAUUCAUAGCGUAUUUUAGAUCUGCGGUCUGUUGAAGUGAUGAGUCUGCUUUGUGUAGUACAGCUAUCUGAAAGGGAAAAAAAUAAUCACCCUGAGGACAGUGUCGGAGCGAAAUCGUAAUUUAGUUGGGAAAAGCGAGCUGAGUGCACUUAAUAGGCUUGUGUAGCAUUCAGACAAGGACGCUAAAAGACGUUAAGUUGCGAGCGGUGCAUUAACGUCGAAAAUAGCUCGCUCUUACUAUUAUUGGUUACAUCUCUAAAUAAAAAUCCCAAGAAUGCUAUCAAAAAUAAGCGGUAAACAGUAAUAUGGUCAAAACAUGUCCCUUGUGGCCAAUUAUAAAUCUACAAUUUGUACCA